UAAUGGUUAGAGAGUGGGUGACUUCGACUGCCGUCAUGGAUGACCUAAGUUUAGAAACAAACUUGCAUGAUGAAACAGUCGAAUUCAGUGCUAUUAAGGAAGAAUAUGCAGAGGACAUCAGUGGGGAAAAUUACCACAGAACAGAAAUAAGUGAGGAUACAGGUGAAGAAAGUGCUGUUUACAUAAAGGCUGAAAGUAUGUGUCCAGUAUCAGUAGGAACAAAAUUUGCAAGUGUUGAAGGAAGUAAAAGUGACUCAGAUGAUGGAGAUCCAUUGCAUGUGGGACCAUCUGUGAUUGGUGACUCUGGGGACACAGACUAUUCAAAUUGUGAAGAGACAACCCCAGAGGGGGAUCAUUGCAAGGUAAAAUAUAAACUGUUAACAAGCAAACAAGUGAAACCAUUCAGCUGUAAAAUCUGCAGUAAAGCAUUCUCUUUGAAAGGCAAUCUAGUGCAACACAUGAGUGUUCAUACAAAAGAAAAACCUUUUAUUUGUGAUGUCUGUAGUAAAUCAUUUGCUUGGAAAAGUAAUUUAGUGAGUCAUAUGAGAGUGCAUACAAAAGAGAAGCCUUUUAAUUGUGAUGUAUGUUGUCGAGGGUUCUCUGACAAACGUGUUCUAGUUAGGCACAUGAGAGUGCAUACAAAAGAAAAGCCUUAUGUCUGUGACAUUUGCAAUAGAGCAUUCUCUGUGAAAGGUACUCUAGUUAGGCAUCAUAGAGUACAUACAAAAGAAAAACCAUUUGUCUGUGAAGUGUGUAAUAAGUCAUUCACUUGCAAACAUCAUCUAGUAAAUCACAAGGCAGUACAUACGUAGGAGAAGCCUUAUCAUCGUAAGGGACAUUUUGUAAACUUAUUAUGCAUACAUUUAUAUAAUGUUUUGUAUUAAUUGGUUAAUUAUAUCCUUGUUCCAUGCAUUUAAGACAUGUGACUGUAAACUCCUUAGCAAACAUUUGUGUUAAUGCUUGCUGUUAAAAUCAAAACAGUGUAGGACUUCAAGUAGUGAGAAAGAAGACUUAUGGAUGCAAGUGCUGAGUGACAGAAUGCAUUUAAGGAAAGUAAGUAAAGUAAGUGAAAAACAAGGUUAAAUUGAAAUGAAAAAAAAAUCAGACAAGCUACAACAGCAAUGAGUGGUGUGUGAAUUGCACAAUACUACAUAUAUAAUGGAG